AUGUAUUGGUCCAAGAUCGCCCUUGCGGGUCUUGUUGCUUCAGCUGCUGCUCAGACCUACAGCGAGUGCAACCCUAUGAAGAAGACAUGCUCUGCUGAUAAAGGUCUUGCUUCUUCAUCAUACUCGGUCGAUUUCACGAAGGGCGCUGAUGAUGACAAUUGGGAAGGAACUGGCCAUGGCACUGUCAAGUAUACUUCUGAUGGUGCUGAGUUCACUGUUUCUAAGCAGGGUGACUCGCCUACCAUUCAGAGCAAGUGGUACAUGUUCUUCGGUCGCAUGGAGGUUCACUUGAAGGCCGCGCCCGGAACCGGUAUCGUCUCAUCUGUCGUGCUUCUUUCCGAUGUUCUCGACGAGGUUGAUUGGGAGUGGCUUGGAGGUAAAGACGGCGACGUUCAGACCAAUUACUACGGCAAAGGAAACUCCGAAUCCGAUACUCGAAGCGCUACUUAUGCAGUCACCCAAGCCCAGGAGGAGUUCCACAACUACACCAUCCACUGGACCAAGGACUCAUGCGAGUGGUACAUCAACGGCGUCGCUGUCCGCACACUCAAUUAUGCCGAUGCUCUUGGAGGAGAGAACUAUCCUCAGACUCCCAUGCGUGUCAAGCUUGGUAUCUGGGCCGGUGGCGAUCCUGACAACGCUGAGGGAACUAUCGAGUGGGCUGGCGGAGAGACUGAUUACACUAAAGGUCCUUACACCAUGACAGUUCAGAAGAUUGCGAUUGAGAACCUUAACCCUGCGGAUAGCUACACCUACAGCGAUGAGACAGGUUCAUACAAGAGCAUCAAGUUUGAUGAGAAGGACAGUGGCAGCGACGACGACGAUGACUCCUCAUCAACUGCUUCCGAAACCGCCUCAAAGACAUCUUCCAAGGGUACUACUUCCAAGACAUCUUCCGAAUCUACAUUCACCACCAAGGCAACCACCGAGACUGACUCCGAAUCCUCAACAACAGCUUCAUCCGACGCUUCUAGCGAGACUGAGAGCGCCGACUUCAAGAACAACAACGCAGAGACAACUAGCGCUGGUGCAAACUCGUCCGCGAGCAGUGCUGCAGCUACGCCCUCGACUACUGAUGGUUCAACAAACAGCGCUGCUGGAAACUGGCCUAAGAUGUGGUUUGCGCUUGGAUCGACUUUCGCUGCUAUGGUCAUGAUGUAA